GCUGUUUAUAGUCAGUUCAGUCUGAUGCGUAGACGUGUCGUAUACGUGAUGUUAGCUCUUUGCGGCCUGCUAUUCGCUGGCCUCGCCGGCUGGUUGCUGGUCUCAAUGAACGCUUUAGCGGAUGCAGCUGUGCCAAUGUCAACGGUGACAGUGGACCUCGCUAAUGGGCAGGGCGCAGUGCAUGGAAGUUACGGACAGACAACCUGGACGGGUCAAAGUUUAAUGCAAUUUCGUGGUAUACCCUUUGCCGAAGCGCCCAUCGGAGAUCUGCGUUUUCGUCCACCUGUUGCCCGCUCGCCCUGGACUGAGACAUACGAUGCCUUGGACUUUGGACAACGCUGUCCGGUGAUAACCAAUUUGGAUGCUCAGACGCCGGACGCUCAGCUAGAGGAUUGCCUAAAUCUAUGCGUCUACACAAAAAAUCUCACCGCUCGUCAGCCAGUGAUGUUUUAUGUUUAUGGCGGUGGCUAUUACAAUGGCUCCUCGCAAGAUCAUCCACCAAACUAUUUGCUGGAAAGGGAUAUCGUUUUGGUGGUGCCGCAUUAUCGCAUCGGCGCCUUGGGCUGGCUGUCAACAUACACUCAUGAGCUGCCUGGCAAUGCGCCCAUUGCCGAUAUACUUUUGGCAUUAGACUGGGUGCAGCAACAUAUUCACGUGUUCGGUGGCGAUCCCAGUCAGGUGACCAUAUUCGGUCAGAGUGCUGGGGCGGGCGUGACCAGUGCCUUGCUCCUGAGUCCACGCACCUCUGAGCAGCAUUUUCAACGAGCAAUUGUGCAGUCCGGUUCGAUAUUCGCCACCUGGGCGAUUACUAAAGAUCCAGCUGAACAGGCUCAGCGAAUUUGCACCGAAUUGGGCUGCCAGCGGUGCGAGGAGCAGGAACAGCUGUUGCGUUGCGUGCGUGCGGCUUCCGUGGUGGAUCUGUUGCAGGCCACCAAAACGGAGAGUUUCUCACCUCUUGUAGGGGAUCUGCAAGGCAUUUUGCCGAAUUACCCAGAGGAGCUGCUCAAGGACUAUCAGCGUGCUGUGCCGCUUAUGACGGGCUUCACACAACACGAUGGCUCCUUUGUGCUCGCCUCGUAUUACGAUGCAGUCAAAGCCAAGAUCUCGAAUAUCAGCGCUCUGAGUGUGCGUCAGUUCUCAGAGGGCAUGGUCGACAUGGCCAAAGACGGAUCGGGCUUGGCAGAUCAUUUGCUUUAUCGUCUGCUUUAUACGCCGCAGCUUUUGGAAAGUCAUGACCACAGAGACGCUUUGCCCGCCUAUUUUGAUCUCACUUCGAUAAUUGCCAUGAAGUCGCCCGUCAUCAGCCUGGCAACCAAGCUGCAUUCGCUUCAGUCGGCUGCUCCUGUCUAUGUCUACAGCUUUGAGUACGAGGGUCAGCACACGCGCUUCGGCUACGAGUUUGGCAACUCGCAUUAUCCGUUCAAUGGUGGUGCGCAUCAUUCCAACGAUAAUAUUUAUCUGUUUGCUACGCAUCAGCUGCAGGAAGAGGACACGCUGAUGGCGCAGAACAUGGUCGAAUUGUGGACAUCGUUUGCCAUCAGUGGAGUGCCCAAGAAUCUGAACGCUUUAACUAGCCCCAGUGGACCCUAUAAUCGCCUUGGACUAGACAUAACCCAAGGUGAAGAUUUACUUAGGACGCUGACAGCCACGAUUGAUGAUCCAGAUAAUGGUCGUUUACAGCGCAGAAAUGUUAAGUUUUAAAAUGUGGUCAGGGUGCUUGGUAAAAUGGGCUUUAUAUUACAGUACAUUGCUAAAAUAUUAUUAUAUAUAGAGAAAAAAAUAAGAGUUGAAUAUAGCUUGAACAAACGAAAAAAACUAA